AGAGCAAUACAGGAUAAACAUCAUUUCACUCAAGCGAGAACUGCGAUGGAGAGAGACUUAUCGUUGAGAGAAGAACAUGUCGUAUGGGGUAAGUUGAUGGAAAAAGUACUCGUAGAUGUACUAGAUAUUAUAAACCGGGUGCUUGGAAGGCUUCAAACCACAUUAACUUCCUUUAUCGUUUACUUUCAAGUCAUCAAAUAAAUCGUGUUUGCUUAGUGGCGCUCACAUCUCGUCAAGACCUACACUAACUUCUUUUUUUUUUCCUUUUUGAGUGGGUCUUUCUUUAAAAUCGAAAAUUUACCUCGAUGCUUUAAAAUCUUAUGGCACAUUUUUAAGCGCGUUCAGUUUUGCAAAUGCUAGCGAUUAUACAAUCCCUUGUGUUAAUAGUUAAUCGUUAAGAGCAGCAGUUUUUACUGUUUCUUGGUUUCUAACGUCAAACAUCGCUUGAAUUCAUUCUUCAUUAAUAAAGUGUAACAUCAUUUGGUGUCCAAAUAGAGCAGAAUUGCGAUAUGAACUUGGCACUGAAGAAAGUUUGACGUUGUUUUUUACUUAUACAAUACACAGAGAAAAUUAAUUUCCAGCGCAUUCGUCUCUUUGAGACGAAAACGUGACGCCAUAGAAUAUUCACGAAGAACCCAAAACAUUCCCGACACCUGAAAUAUUCAUAAUGAGUGUCUGAGAACUUCAAGUCUUAUAUAACUAAUUUUCCUUUUUCUUUUUGAAACCUACAUUUUAUAUAUACAUAUAUAUAUAAAUAAAUCUUGAUUGUAGUCUAUCCUUGCAGUAUAGUGCUCGAUGCGUUCGCAGAGCGUGGCAUAUCUGAAAGUUGGACAAAUCAAUAAGACAUAACUUUCAGACAUAAAUAUAAAUAUAAAUAUAUACAUACAUACAUACAUAUAUAUAUAUAUAUAUAUAUAUAUAUAUAUAUAUAUAUCAGAGCUCUUUUCUUCUUUGUCCAAUGUGUGACAAAAUUUUCUUAUUAAGGUUAGCUUCAAUUUGAAACCAAAACUUGAAUUGCGUUUGUAUUACAGCUCUUUCUUCUUUGUCCAAUUUGCACCAAAAUUUACACAUAACACCACGAGUUUGGCCUCACCUUUUAAAAACUUUAUCUUAAAAGCAAAUUAAAUAAUUCCGUUGACCGUACAGCUUUUUCCUUUUCGUCGCAUCAGUACCAAAAUGUACUCAUUACACCUUAAGGUUGAUCUCAUCCUUCUAAAAAUCCUUAUUUUGAAAGCAAAAUUAGAGAAUUCCGUUGACAUUACAGCUCUUUCCUCUAUGUCGAAUUUGUGAAAACAAUUACACGUUACACGUAAAGGCUGUCUUCAACCUUUUCAAUACUUAAUUUUGAAUCUACAACUAAAGAAUUCUGUCUGCAGUAACGUUUUAAGUUCUUUGUGCUAUUUGUGACAACAUUUACACAUUGCACAUUGACUUUUAAGCUUUUGAAUUCUUUAUUUUGAAACCAAAACCAAAUAAUUCUGUUGCAGUAUAGCUCUUUCUUCUCAGUCCGAUUUGUGACCAACUUUACACAUUGCACAUUGACUCUAAGCUUUUGAAUUCUUUAUUUUGAAACAAAAACCAAAUAAUUCUGAACAGCCAAAUAGUUCUUUAGAACUCUGGCCAUGCGAUGCAUGACAGAUGAACUCAAAAUAAAUCUGUAUUAUAAAAUUAGCAAACCAAUUUUUAAAAAAUUCCUGAUCAGGAAUACAAUUCCUCAGAAGUAGUCCUGUCAUCCAAACUUAUGCAAAUUGAUGGAUUCCUAACUUCAAUAAACUCGCAGCUUUGGCAAAAGACAUUAGUAUUUUUGCUGUUAAUCUAUUUUUUGGAAUAACUCCUAGGAAAAUUCACCUCCUAAUCACUCCAAGUUAGUCUCCUGUAGAAAUUCAGAGAGAAUAGAAUAGAGAGUAGAGAUUACAUUCAGGACUCAACCUUGAAUGAUUCAAGUUUCAGAAAUCGUCGCUAUAAUGCUUUUCAGUGAAAGGUGAAUUUGAAUCAUCAAUCCAUAGAAAAUUGAAAAUUCUUUUAAGUUAAUUUUGACCCGAGAAGUUUAUAAAUCAUUCGCCUUUGGCUCGUGAGUUACAAACAUUUCUGGUGUUCUCCAAAAAUCCUGCGUGGGUCAUAACGACGGUAAAAGGGAGAGAAAGAGCGGUGUAUUCUCAAAAGAUACUUCAAUUGCCGUUCAAGUUGUACUCCAAUCGUGUAGAACCUCUCGCCGUAUUUGCAUUUGUAGUUAGAUUACUAUAGUAACUUCUGGCAGGAGAUCUGGUGAACUCACCAGGGAAUAAAUCAAACCACAAACAACGUUUUUAUUCUCCUAAUUUUCUUUUUAGAUAAGGCUCUUCUCGAAGACGGUAGAAUUGACACCAACUGAUUCUUGAGCGACUAAAUCCUGCCCUUAAACGGACAGUGAAAAUUUUGAAGGGGGUAAGUUUCUAAAGAAUGUUUCAAUGUUAUGUUGUAUUGUAAGCAAUACUAUAGUACUGUAUUUUUUAUUGUUAGUAUACCUACAGUUGACAAUGCAAGUAUCAUAAGUUUCCCGUUUUGUUAUAUUGACUUGUUCUUCUGUAAGCAUUAUGAUUGUCUAGUUUUGUAGACAUUUAAAACAAUGUUUAGAACUUGUCAGAACAAGCAUAAGAAAAUGCCAGAACUUAUUGAAUGCGAUGCAUACAAUCCAUUUUAGAGUGCAAAUCGUUUGAUUCUGCCGUACUUUUUUUUUUAUUUUGUUUUGUUUUGUUUUUUUGUUUUAUUAUCAAACUUUCUUCUUUGUAAAAUUUAUUUCAUAAUCAAAGCCUUUCUCAGUUAAACUUCUUUAUAAAUCAACUGUCGCUGUUCGCUGGAGAGUAAUUUUUUUGUUUCCAGGUUACACAUACCAAGAUGCAGGUUUUCACAAAGUUACAAACAGUGUUCGUGAUCUUGUGGCUGGCCGAUCAAUUUUCUAGAAUAGUAUCUCAGACGUGUAGCGGCGAUAACUCUGUUUAUGGCUAUAUGCUGCGUGGAAACAUCUUCAAAACCCUACAGACGGCACUCCCGUUUGAGUGUUCCCAGGCUUGUGAGGGUGACGUCAGAUGUCAAAGCUUUAAUUACGUCAUUUCAAAAAAUACAUGCGAGUUGAAUGAUCGUACGAAGAAAGCCAGACCUGCAGACUUUUUGCCGAGUUCUGAACGAUACUAUUAUGAAAAAUCAAAAAAUAGAGGUAAUUUCAAACACUUUAGUGUCACGCAAGUACCAUAUUGUUGACUCCUGUGAGGCGCGACUAAUACAGGUUAUAAGGUAAAACCUCCCUUUCAUAAUAAACAAUUAUCCCACUCACGCUUGUUGGAUAUGAGAUCAAAGAUAGCCAGCGACGCCGUUAGAGCCGUACAGUCUGUAAUUAUUUCAUAUCCAACAAACGUGGGUGGAAUAACUGUUUCAUUAGCUAAACAUCCCAAAUAUAGAUAAAUCUUGCCAGAUUUAUUUUUUGAAAAUGAACACAAUGUCACAAUGUACAAAUUAUGGUAUAAAGGUUCAUAACCCUUGAUGGCUAAGCCAGUGAAAACGCAUUUACCUCAAUGAUCCAGUUUUCAAUAAAAAGUUAUAACCUGAGUAAAAAGUAAUAACCCAGGACAAUAACACACCCUGACAUAACCCUUGAACUUGAUAUGACGCUGAUGUUUGUCCCCCAUAUUGAAAAAAAGAGCAAUGGAGAGCGAAGGAAUAUCAGCUGACGACCAUGGAUAUUCAAUGAUAAAAUAUUAAGAUAACCAUGAGUAUCAAAAAGUGUGUCAUCAGCUGAAUAAAUUCCUGCCUGACAGACCAAUGAAAAUUACUCCGGACAACUAAAAAUACACGAUAAAAAUGUAGUCUACUUGCUCGUCUUACGAUGCAAGUUCCCCUAUGGAAAGUAAAGUUUAAAAACCAUCUCUCUUGGAUGAGCUUCACCACAUACUUUUUAGCAAAAUUACCUCCUUUCAUUUUAUCUUAUUUUAUUUCAUCAUUUCUACACAGCUGCUCUUGGCUCUAUUCCUGAACUUCCUGCUAAAAACUGUAGGGAAAUCAAGUUGAGUGAAGGAGAGCAAACAGUUAGCGGCAAAUACUGGUAUUAUAAUCCCUGGACGGACACGGCAACAUUCGCCUACUGUGACAUGAAAACGGAAGGUAACUUAUAGUUUAUAUAAGCCUCUGAUUUCAAAUCUUUUUAAAACCUAGACUGGCUAAACUAAAGCUUAAUUUAUUCAAAGUCUCCUAUCUACCACAACGAAAUGAAAAACAAUAAUUUCGAAGAGGAAACUUUGUGGCCACCUGAACUUUUCGAGGGAAAAGGAGAAAUUUAUUCAUCUAGAACUACGAGAAUUUUGUUUGACUAAAUUUGUCAAACUUCAGAGAGUCUAAUACUUGAACAGGCAAACUUUAGAGACUUGAUAAGACAUAACAUAUUUUAACUGUUUUCUGUUGUUUUUGUUAUUUGUUUUUAAGAUAUAUAUCAUGUAGCACUAAGACUUCGCCCCCGGUGAAAACCGAGAGCAUGGACUCGUCUUUGAAUGCAUUGAGUAUGCGUGCAUUUGAAAAAAGGGAUAGAAUUAGUGAAUGGCGGGGUUUCCGCUUUCUACUGUAACAUGACGUCACACUUCUCCAUCCUUUUCGUACAUUCGGUUUUACCUCGGCUAUAAAAUAAAAGCAACUAAGCGGGGAAUUCAAAUACCUUUUUAAUUAGCAAUACUUACUGAGGAAUACGGCCCACGUCCUUGAAUAAUCAUAGCGCAGAUACUAACUGAGAUAUCUGUACUGAGUAUUAUUGACAUAACAUGACUGGUACGUGCUUCGUCCAAUACCAUGGGAUAUUUGGUAUCUUAUGAUUAUCUUCAAAAUAUCAUCAAGAAUUUUUUUCUUUUUCGCCUUAUUUAUAAACCAAAAAAAGUGACAUUUGACGGUAACGGGACGUUACACUUUUUCCCUUUUAUAUCUUUGGUUUUAUCUCGGCUAUACAAUUAAGAGCAACUAAGAGCGAUACGAUAUACGGGUACAACAUGGUUGAAGAACAAGUAAAAAAAAAAUACCUAUUUUAAUUAUUUUCCGCGUUUUUAAAAAACAAUUCACCUCUUUCUAGAUGUUGAUGAGUGUGAAUACGACUUGUACUAUUGUGAGGCCAAUAGCUACUGCAGCAAUACAGUGGGUUCAUAUAUUUGCACAAGUGACCGUAAGUAUCGCCUAGAACAGCAGUGAAUUCAAGUGAACAUGAACCAUCGAUUUCCCAAUUGUUCUGGUACAAAAUGAUAUAUUAAGCACAACACAAAGACAUGAACCCUCGAUCUUCUUACCUUUUUUGUUAAAGCUUUCGUUCAAUUUCUCACUUAGCCUUCCGCAAAUUAGUUAAAUCUCGUCUGAUAGGUCAAAUGAGAAAGAUAGCAGCAAAAUUAUUCAUAGAUUAGGGGCAUGGCCAACGAGAUGCUUGGAGGUGUUUGAAAUUAAUGUGUUCGUAGAGAAUGUUCGAUAUUUCAUAUUCGUCCCACUUAAGAUCAAAAUACGUCUAUGGGGGCCGUUUAUACUUGUGAACAGUGUUGAAAGGGCCGAGAGCUAAGAGUGGAAGGACAUUCAUUUAAUAGAAUCAACCCUCUUAUAGGGAAAGCCUUACGCCCACUGAUUGCAUAAAACUGUGGUUUGGGUUAGAUCUCGUGUAAACGACCGGCCUUAUAAGUCUUGGCUACUCAAAUAUGUACAGCUUAAUUUAAUUUCUAGGCGUUAAAAGAUGCGGGAAAGGACUUUUGUCCACCCCCUAUAACUACAUUGCAGGGAGGAUAAUUUCUAUUUAGAUUUAGUGCCGUCAGAUUAUAAUGUGGUUUUUUACCAACAGGUGGCCUCGCAUCAUCGAGCAUUCUGAACAACUCACCAAAAUACUACAUUGGCACUCUUUCGUCUUACCUAGACUCAGUCCUGACUAACCUUUCCUCGAGUAGAUUCGUUAGAUGUUAUCACGCCAAGACAGAUGGCUGGGAUUCAACAACAUUUCAUUCGAAAUGUGAUGGAAAGGGACCCACUGUUUCCAUUAUUCAAGUCGGUAACUACACAUUUGGUGGAUAUACCGACGUGUCUUGGCAAAGUAUGAAUUUUUAGUCAGUUGUUAACUAUUCACCAAAGAGGAGGUGGCUAGAUGAACAAAGUUCUCUAUUUGGUGCGGAAAUACGCACGGAUAUUUGACCGCCGACAUUAUCUGUUCUAAGAUGCUCACAUUUUCCUUAAAGCGAAACUCGAGAAAGCUGUUAGGUGGGGGGGCAGUGGGGUAGAGUCUCCCGUUUCCCGUACCAUGUUCUCCCGCCUCCCGUACUUUUGAGCCCCUUUGCCUCCCGACUCCCACCCUUCAUUGUGUUACUCCCGUCUUCAGGUGAAUGAAGAGGAUCAGAAACCCGGGUUAACUUUCAAACUGUACCAAAACUUAAUAUUCUUGUUCAUUUUCUGAAUAGAUAUGAGAUAGCAUGACACAUGUGUCAAGUGGCAUGCUAUCUCAUGACCUCUGACGUAAUCGAAUUGAAGGGAUUUCCAAAUUCACCAGAAGUAAUGCUGUUUUUCCAACCCGAGUCUUGCUCCCAAAAUUUUCUUUUAAGCAUUGGUGGAUGUUAAAUGGGAAUUUUAAAACUUUGCUAGAUAAGUGUUUUUAACUGAAUGAUGCCCAGUAAUAAACAACAAACUAUUGCCUUCUUUAUUUCUGCUCUCGCCUCCCACCCUCAUAUAGAUCCCCGCUUCCCGCCCCUUGUUCUCCUGCUUCCCGUCCUCUCCCACCCCUUGUUCUCCUGGGUUCCCGCCUCCCUGUCCCUCUCCACUGUGAAAAAAAAAAAAAAACAGAUAGUGUCCAUGGACAGAUAUCCGUGCAUAUUUUCGCGUCAAAAUAGAUGCUUUUGUUUUUAUUAUCCUUCAAGUAUUUUGCAACACGCGUAAAAAAAUGUUUACGAACGGCUUACUGUUUGCUGCCAAUAACGAAAUAGGUGUUGUGAGAGGUAUGUAGUUUUCCUCAGUUUAUAGCACUGGUGGGACGGCCGGCAUAGUCACGUAGUGUCGAAUAUUGAUGGAAUCAGAAAUGUUUUUUUUUGUAAAAAGCAAACUCAUUUAAUCAAACUAAAUCCUUUAAAAAGCUGAAAAUGGCGGAUGGCACGGGAUGGAGUCCGAAAACAAAAGGUCAAGACGAGGCCUGACAAGGAAAAGUAGAGUUUAGAAAAUUAAAAAUUUGAAGCAUUCGGCAGCUUUGGUGGAAGCUAAAGUAAUUGUCUCUCCGUUACAAAAUCUUAUGGCGAAGAGAUUUCCCUAUUCGAUUGAAGCAACUACAAGAACUAAGAUUGAAAAUCUUUAAAGACCCAAAGCACUCCUUAAUGAGCUGCUGCAAACAGAGGAAAAUUAUACACAGUUUAAAGUAAAAGAGUUGUACAACAAACAAUCUUUGAAAAAUUAAUCUCGAAGUCAUGACGAAAAAAACCACGGUUAUGAACGCUGGUCCAUAUCAAGAUAAAAACAAACUAGGUUGUUAGUUAUCUACUGUUCAGAAAGAUGUUAUGACCAAGGUUAACACCCCUGGCAAAGACGGAGGGGGUUGGGGAGGAAGACUCUCGCUCUAUGAGUAAACUGUAAAGACCCUCAGGAGACAUUGUCUACCAUCUCACUUCACUAAGCUUUCCUCUAACAAAUUUUCUCUGGCUGCAGAUUCUUGUGGGUACACAUCGGCUGCCAAAGCCUUCAUUUUCUCGCUUUACAACGUGCAUGGUUAUAAACCUGUUAAACUAGCUCAAUACCGGUAUCAAGGGUAUGCAAUCUACCGCUGCAGUAGUUAUGGACCAACAUUUGGGGGUUAUCAAGGGCGACAUGACAUCCAACUACGAAACAACGCUGGCAACAUUCAAAAUUCCUUCACCACAUGCGGCUCUACUUACGGUGUCCCUACUGGUUACAUUUCGUUCACCAAGUGCGUAUUCUUCUCAGGGAGUGAAUUAUUUACCCCGACUAAUCUGGAGGUAUUCUACGAGAUAACAUCUUAGUUGCAAGACUAUUAAUGGGAUAUGAUUAGGAAAGAAGGUAAAGUGGGAGUGUUGAUAAAAAUCUGUUAAUAGCCUUCAUAAAACCCAAUAUAAUUGGAGCUGUUUUAACAACGAUUCUCGGUCUGAGCUUUAGAGACGUGUUUCGUUACUAUUCUUUGGGCAUAUUGACGAGAGAUGCAGUUAAAGCCAAACCAAGAAGGCGGAGCUCGCGAUGUAUUAAAUCACACGUCUUAUCAAUGAAAUUACUAAGCCCCAGCGGAAUGUUAGAAUUAGC